AUAAAACGUUAACGAAAAAGAAGGUGGGUAGCACGACGACGCAUUGCUCCAGGGCCAUGAAUACCGUGCACCCCUCAUCCGCGCGUGAGAAAUUCGCCAAAGCCACGCGCCCACGCUCCCAAAUCAAACGCUAAUGCUCCUUUGCCCUUCAUUCUCAUUUCGCACUAACGCACGCCUCUCGUAAUCCUCUUCCUCUUCCUCUUCAUGUUCUCGGAGCUCCGGCUCCACUAGCGGAGCCCCGGCUCAGUUCAAACCCAUUUUCCAACACAACAAAAAAAACCUAACUCCAUUUUCUCUCUUCCCUUUCGAGAUCUCGAAAAUGUCCAAACCCUGGGGCAACAUCGGAGCCUGGGCCGCCGAUUCCGAGCGGGCCGAAGCCGAAGAGGCCGAGGCCCAGGCUGCGGCCGCGGCGGUUGAGCCCCAAAGCUUUCCCAGCCUCAAGGAGGCCGUGAACUCCAAGCCCAAGAAGAAGAAGGGAACCACCAUCACGCUUUCCGAGUUCAACCGUGGCGGUUUCGACCAGGGCCUUACGCGCGACGAGAUGCUCACCCUUCCGACCGGGCCCAAGGAGCGUUCCGCCGAGGAAAUGCAGUUCAACCGCCUCGGCGGCGGUUUCUCCUCCUACGACCGCUCCGGCGGUCGCUCGCGCGACCGCGACGGUGGCAACAACGAAGGUUCGUGGGGCGGAGGAGGCAGAAGAUCCUACGGUGGAUUCGACGAGGAGCGCAGGGGUCCGAAUCCUAGGGUUUCGGAACUCGAUCAGCCGUCCAGGGCUGAUGAGGUUGAUAAUUGGGCGUCCGUGAAGAAAUCUCUCCCUGCCUACGAUUCCGGUCGCCAGAAUCGCUAUGGUGGUGGCGGAGGCGGCGGUUUUGGUGGUAGUUCUGGUGGUGGUGGUUUUGGUGGUGGCGGCGGUUUUGGUGGUGGUGGUGGUGGGGGCGGAUUUGGAGGCGCGUCUAGGGCUGAUGAUGUGGACAAUUGGGCGGUUGGUAAGAAGCCUGCUCCUGUUAGAUCUUCCAAUUUCGGUUCCAGUUUUCGCGAUUCCGGCGUGGAGCCUGAUCGUUGGACGAGAGGGGAUCCGCCGCGUGAGGUUGAGCAGCGGACGGAGAGGCCAAGGCUGGUGUUGGAUCCGCCUCGAGGCGAUGGUUUGGUGAAUGAGUCUCCGGUGAAGGCGAUGAAUAAGGCGAAUCCGUUUGGGGCGGCGAGGCCGCGGGAGGAGGUGUUGGCUGAGAAGGGUUUGGAUUGGAAAAAGCUGGAUUCGGAGAUUGAGACUAAGAAGACGAGCCGUCCCACGAGUUCGCACUCUAGCAGGCCUUCCAGUGCUCAGUCCAAUCGUUCUGAGGGUCCCGGGUUGCAGGGGACCGAUGCUGUGGUUAAAUCCAGGCCCAAGGUGAACCCCUUUGGGGAUGCCAAGCCUAGGGAGGCUGUGCUGGGCGAGCGAGGCAUGGAUUGGAGGAAAAUUGAUCUUGAAUUGGAGCGUCGCUCUGUUGCCAGGCCUGAGACAAUGGAGGAAAAAUUAUUAAAAGAAGAAAUUGAUAAUUUAAAGAAGGAACUUGAGAAAGAGUCUACAAUAAAUUCAAAUAAGGAAUCUGUGGAUGAGGCUGGUGGAGACCAAACCAGUAGACAUGCAAUAUUACAACAGAAAGAAAAGGAGCUGGAACUUCUUAUCCAUGAUUUGGACGGCAAAGUUCGUUUUGGGCAGAAAGCCGUUGAAAGGCCAGGUUCAUCGGCAGGGAAGUCUUCUACUUUUUCUGAUCGGCCACCUUCUAGAUCUGGUUCCUUUGAGGAUUCUAGAAGUGUGGAUUUUACAGACAGACCUCGAUCUCGUGGUACAGGAGAUAUGUGGAUGCGUCCUAGUGAUGACAGAAGACAGUUUCAAGGUGGUAGCAGGGAAAGGGGAUGGUUUUCUUCUGGCAGCAGAAAUAGGUCAACGUCAAGAGAGAGAUGGUGAACAGCAGUUUUGUGUGGAUUAAGAGUUAUCUUCAACUUUUGAUGACCAGAACCUAAUACUACUAUUUUAUUACUUGUCUUUUCUAAUCGUUUUGUUCAUUUUACUCCAGGCAAUUGGAGCAACAAUCAUUGAGUACUGGCACUAAAACUUUUGCCUAAUCUGUUAUUGCAUCUCGAAACAUUGUAAAUUUGUUUUUCCCCUUCUGGUAAUUUUUUGGGUGUCUGGAUGAAGGCAGAAAGCCUUGUAAUUUUAUUAGGACUAAAUUGUUAUUGAGAAUCAUGGAACUUCCUAGUUAAUGUUAAUGUGAUAUUGUUCUGAAUUCUGAUAUAAAAUUAUUUUUCUUCAA